AGCUGAUGUCAAACUUUUUCUCAAGGCGAUCAAUUGGAUUUCAAAGAAAAUGUGGCGCGAUGGAGAUUCGAACCCCCAACUACCUGGUUUAUACCAAAUGCGCCCGAGUGCCUUUUCUAACUGAUGAUAUUUUGGAGGACCACCUUAGUCAUAUCAGCCCGACUAGGAUGUUGUGUUUGCCAAGUGUCUAUAAUCUCGCCGAGCGAAUUUGUAAAUUUCCGGGAACUGCUCGGAAGUAUCUCAACUUAUCAGAAGAUAUAUUUGUGGCUCUUUGUCAAAUUGACCCGGUUGAUGAACGUCUAUACGGCACAGACACUCAGUCAUCAGCAUGUAUUAACAUCAGGAGAGGGCGGAUGUUGCUGAGUGCCGAUCAGUAUAUGAGUACUAUUGACAUUUUCGACCCAGAUAUCUCUCACUACAUGUUUUCAACACCGAACUCUGCCGCGAGUCAGUCGGCGCUGAAAAAGGCGGCAACGAGAACGGCUACACACCAUUUUCAAUGUCACGAAAUCUAUUCUACGAGAUUGGGAUCCAGUUCAAAACCGGAUAGCGAAUUAAUAAUUGUGCCGGAUAAAAAUGACGAAAAACUGGACUCAAAUGUGUUGCAAAUGGGGGCACAAAUGGCGGAUCAAGCUGAGACGUGUUCUGAGUUGGAUAAUGAGGACAAUUGUAUAAUGGGCAGAAAAGGAAGUGUGGCCACACCGCCACCUGAUGAGGUCCAUAAAAUGGCCAUAAAACAGGGACCACCUUCUUGUUCUUUCUCAGCGGGGGAUGCAAUAGAAACACAAGAUAACAAUGCUAACAGGGAAAAACUAACUUCAUCUGGAAAUGAAAAUGACGCAGACUGUAACUACAAAUCUAAAAGUAAUAUAGCCGAAAUGGCCAUUCAUAUUGACUGUACAAUUUCUAUACAGUUUGCUCUCAAUCAGAUAUUAGAAUUAGACUCUUAUUUGAUACAGUCGGCCAAAACUCUUUUCAUAUUUUACAACCCCAAAUCGCUGCUAUUUCCACUUGCGGACUUAAAAAUUGUUCUGGAUAAAUUUUCGCCCGCUGUUGCUAAAAUUCUAAUCGGUGCUAAAAGUCUGGAUUGUAUUGUAGGUGGAAUAGAGCUAGGCUUUGAUUUGUUUGACGGGUCCUACGCUUACCUUUUGACAACAAAAAAUCUGGCCCUAAAUUUUGAUUUUAAAAAUUUUGAGUGCUGUGAUGUUAAAAAAGAAGCUAUUUUAUUAGACGCGGAAAAAUUGGCUUACAAAAACAAUUUUGAGCCUCUGUCAAAAUACUGUGAUUGUUAUGUUUGUAAAAAUUAUACAAAAGCCUACUUGAAUCAUUUAACUGUUACAAAAGAAUUGCUCGGUCCAAUUUUGUUAAUGAUUCAUAACUUACACAGUUUUGAUGCAUUUUUCAUGACUAUACGAAAAUUGCUGUCGUUCCAACACCAAAGUUCUGAGCAGAAAGAAAAAUUUGAAUGUUUUGCUUCCAAAAUUAAGGAGCUCAAAUUUUCAGUUUGAAGUAUCUGUCUUUCAUCUUGUUUUUUGAAUAAAUAAUUGAAUAAGUACAUUUCUUUUUUGUUCUUUUUCUGUAGUUAAGAGAGCGUGGAAAUUCUUACUUGAAAAUUCUGCCCUUGUUUUCAGGAAAGAACUUUUCUAAAAUACAAAAGAAAUUUUCUUGUAGUUUUAAUGAGUGACGUAGCGGAAUGCUCUUGGUUGCAUAAAUAAACACAGCGAAGUUGAAUCAGAUUGUCUGAAAUGCACCCACGGAGUACAGAGAUUUCUCAAGUUUGAGAAACUUGUUCUUCUGGCGGGAAGAACUUUUGUUUAAUGAAUUUAAUGAUUUUGUUUAAUAAAACCGGUUUGGUUUUAACCAGUGCGUCAAUAUUCUUGCUCUGAAAACGAUUUAAUUUCUCCAAUGGUUCAUUACACAGUUUUGGGAUUAAAUUAGUUUACAGAGAGAUUUAACGUGUAGAUAUUGUCGAAGUAAAAAGCAGACCUCCCUCUCGUCGACACACAAGUAGCGUGGGAAAUGUUAUAAAUUGGUUAUAACUUGGUUAUUUUAUCUCUACAAAGUUAUUCUUACCUUUCGGCCGACUUAACAUGUCCUGAUUUCAGCUAAUGUAAUUCUCAAAUUAAUAUUUUGUCUAUCUUUUUUAUUGGAUUAAAAAGCUCAAAACAGAUGAAUUCGACGUGUGCUGUUUUGUAUGUUGUGGUUAUUUUUAUCUCCUUUGCGGGAAGGUCGAUUGAAGAUGCAAGUUGUUGCACAUGUACUUCGCCGUCGUUGCCUCAGCUGUUGAAUAAACCCUCUGAGCAGAUGCAACAGCUGCUCCAGUUUUCACUCUCUAGGUCGAGAGGAGUCGCAGGGAAUGAUGAGGAUGAGGGUUCAAACAACUACCACGAUGAGUCAUCGUCAUCAUCUUCUGCAGGAGUGAACAGAUUAAAAGAAGAGUGUGAACAGAUGUCGACUGAAGUUUGUAGGAUCUAUGGCACUCAACACACAUGUACUGUGUUGCAUAUCUUCAACGAGACCUCUCUGAUUGGGGAGUCCCGCGGUUGUGCAUACAACAUGGCCCUUCUCUUCCUCCUCUUGUCUUACCCGAACAGUGAGGUGGAUGUGCAUGUCAGACAGCUGAAGACACAGUACAAUGAGAUCAUACACACCCUCAAAGCCAAAGGGUCGCUCACUCCAGACCUGCUCAACAGGUUUGAAAAAUCAAUGGCCGACGUGAUCUUCAGUGUACUAUGCUACGACACUUCCUCAUCUGGGGUCCAAACACCUCAGAAUUUGGACUCUAUGUCUUCUCUAUCUUUCCCUUCAUCUCAAAUGACAUCGGCUGCUCCUAAUGGAAUCACCUUCGACUGUUCGCACGCCGUGCGCGGUGCACACUACUGCACCAUACAGUGCUCAAACCACUUCUCUUCUACGCAAAUGUCAACAAAAAAGCACCCCACGUGCUUAUCUUACAGCUAUUUUAAGUCAAAAACUCAAUCAAAAAAUUCUAAUUUAGUAUUAAUUUUUAUAGCCACACUUAGUCUGCUAUUGCUCUUUAUUUAAAAUUUGAUUACAAUCUUAUUUUUCAAA